GUAAUGGCUAAAAGUAUUUACGAAUAUGUUCGAAAUUUCGAAAUUAUGGAUCCCUGUCUUCCUUCCACAUGGAUUGUUGUUCGUUUAGAUGGACAAGGUUUUCAUAAAUUUACAACAAAGCAUAAUUUUAUCAAACCAAAUGAUACACGUGGUUUAUCGUUGUCAGUACGUGCAGCAGAACGUGUUAUGCAACAACAGAAAGAAAUUGUUCUAGCUUAUGGUCAAUCAGAUGAGUUUAGUUUCGUAUUUAAAAAAUGUACUGAAGUGUUUAAUCGACGAGCAAGCAAAAUAUCCAGUACAGUUGUUUCUUUGUUCACAUCUUCAUAUGUUUUUGAAUGGCCAAAGUAUUUUCCUGAUACUCCAUUACUGUAUCCACCAGCGUUUGAUUCCCGAGUAAUACUUUAUCCAACGAAUAAAACUCUCAGGGAUUAUUUAAGUUGGCGUCAGGUUGAUUGUCACGUCAACAAUCUAUAUAAUACUUGUUUUUGGAAACUUGUUCAAAAUGCUGGUCUAAGUGGAACAGAGGCUGAAGAACGCUUAAGAGGAACGUUAUCAAGUGACAAAAAUGAGUUAUUGUUUUCACAAUUCAACUGUAAUUAUAACAAUGAACCAGAACUAUUUCGCAAAGGUACUGUAUUAUUUAGAAAUAAUUCUGCCAUUGAACAAGCAAAUAUCGAUAUCAUUAAAGAUCAGUUUUGGGAUGAACAUCCUUACAUAUUAUUGGAGCCUGAAUAAGUCAGAAUUGCCGGAUUCGUUUGUUCUCCAGCCUAUCAGUAUGCAAAUUUAUGCAUCUAUUUUUGUAUGUAUAAAUAUGUUUAAACAUUUUCUCCUGAAUUUUAUGCAUUAUUGUACAUAUUACACUAUAUUUACGGAACUUCAGUUUAUGAGUACCAUCCACUCUCAUGAUCUGUAAAAUAAUAGAGUCAAUAAGUUUGAAUUGAUAGUAUUUUUAAGUUGUUGAGUUCGGUGAUUUAAGCCAAGAUUGCUGGUGAUAGGACAGGUUAUGAGAAUCACUGAUUAAGAUUUCGGUGCACUUGAU